AUGCGGACGUUCCUGGCACCGACUUUCCCCCGAUGGUGUGGACUUUUUGCCAAAUCUCCCGUCCUCCUGAUGUCCAUUUCAGAGACCGGACUGCAAUCGGCCUUCCGUCGUGCGUGCGCUGAAGAGGGCGUGGACCUCAGGGAGGGGUUGCCAGAGGAUGUUCUUGCCGCCGUCAUCGCUGCCCCUGGGCAGGUCACUGUGGAGGAGGCGCGAGCGCAGCUGAACUCUUCAACGUCAUUUCGGGUUGAUGCGGGUCUAGUGCACUUGACCGCGGAUGGUGCGCGGGAACAAAGCCAAAUGGAGACGAUGCUGCUAAAAUUAGCGACAAAGAUCCCCCCAACCGGUGUGAGCGGGGCGCAGUUUCGGGCCAUCCUUGAAGACGAAGCACCGCACUUUCAGCCGUCUGCGGUGGGUGCGCUUUCACUAAAAGAGGCGGUGCAACGCUACCCUCGCUUGUUUGAUGUUGAGACAGACACUACAGGUAAGUGGUUUGUGCGACCGGCUGGUGUGGGAAAAGACGGUAGGGCGUCAGUGGGGAAGAAUAGCGGACCAAUUAGCAUUAUCAAUUUCUGCAGUGAGAGGGCGUUGAUGGGAAACCAGGCCGACUAUGUUCCCCUCCAUGUGGCUAUGAGGGAGGAGAGCGUGGCGAGUGAGGGGGUGUUGAGAGACCUAGUGGAUAGUGAGGAACUCAGCAAGCAACUGCAAAUACGGUUCUCAGUGAGAUUGCGACCCAAACGACCAGUAACGAACGCGUUUUGUUUUGUUGAUGGUGAUGAAAUUGGUUUGGAGGCUGUAGAUGCAAUAUGGAAGGAAAUGAAUUUGUCUGACAAGUCCACUCGUCUUGUGGCUCGGCAGCCAACCUCGCGUAAACACAACAGCAGUGACAUUGUCGCCCCAGCGGACAUGCCGACAUACGCUGUUGUGGAGCGUAAGGCGCGGGAGUUGUCUCUCACACAGUCUGUUGUCCUUCAGGACGUUAUUUACAUGUGUUCGUUGAGGCAAUUUUCUCUUUAUGCAGACCAUAUAGCUAAGUUGAAUGCUUUUCCGGAUGCAGAUGUGUAUGUUUGCUGCCCGAGUAAGGUGAAGCUUGUGGCUCAGAAACAGUUUGUUCCGCUGUAA